UUCUGCAUUAACUAACUAUCACAUCAUAUUUUAUCCUGAAACAUUAUUUUAUUAAAAUCAUCAUUUUCCGUUUGAAUUCUAUGAUGAGGGUACGUGGUGGCGAUGACGACUCUGUACAAAUUCAGCUAGGAAACAAACCCGGUGACCCUUUCAUCAUCACUGUCAAUUGUCCCGACAAGACCGGUCUCGCUUGCGAUAUCUGCAGAUUUAUUCUUCACUUUGGUCUCUGCAUUCUCAAAGGAGAUGUUUCAACUGAUGGUGUGUGGUGCUACAUUGUAUUGUGGGUUAUUCCACAAUCUAUAUUGCUUCCUAGGAUGAGUUAUUCUUAUCUGAAAGACCGUCUUCAGGCAAUUUGUCCCCCCUGUGUAGCCUCGUUUUAUCUCGUCCAGAAACCCACCACAUCUUCUCCUGUUUAUCUACUGAAAUUCUGUUGCCUCGAUCGAAAGGGGUUAUUACACGAUGUAACAAAAGUCCUGUGUGAACUUGAACUUACAAUUCAAAGGGUGAAAGUGACUACAACUCCUGAUGGCAAAGUCUUGGACCUCUUUUUCGUAACAGACAACAUGGAACUUCUACACACAAGAAAGCGACAAAAUGAGACAUGUGAAAGAUUAAAUGCUGUUUUGGGAGACUCGUGUAUCAAAUGUGAACUUCAAUUGGCAGGACCAGAAUAUGAACAUAAUCAAGGUAUCUCUUCUCUGUCGCCUGUGCUAGCCAACGAACUAUUUCAAUGUGAGUUGUCAGAUAACGACGUUCGUUCACAAGCUCUUAGCCCAGAUAUGAAAAAGUUAAAGAAAGCCAAUGCAGCACUAGACAAUUCCCUAAGCCAAGCUCAUACACUACUUCAAAUACAAUGUGCUGAUCACAAGGGUCUUCUUUAUGACAUUAUGAGAACUUUGAAAGACAUGAAUUUUAAGAUUUCAUAUGGUCGAUUUUUACCAAAUGUCAUGGGAUAUCGCGAUUUAGACAUAUUUAUUCAGCAGAAAGAUGGGAAAAAGAUUUUGGAUCCUGAGAAGCAGAAUGCGCUAUGCUCUCGUUUGAAACUUGAAAUGCUACAUCCGUUGCGAGUUACGAUUGCAGACCGAGGACCAGAUACCGAACUAUUGGUUGCAAAUCCAGUUGAGCUUUCUGGAAACGGAAGACCUCGAGUUUUUUAUGAUGUUACAUUUGCUCUUAAAACACUUGGAAUCUGCAUUUUCUCGGCUGAAGUAGGAAGGUAUUUGGCAUCAGAGCAUGAAUGGGAGGUUUACAGGUUUCUUUUGGAUGAGAACUGUGAAUUUCAAUUAACAGGUGUGGCUGCUAGAAAUCAGAUUGUAAGUAGAGUUAGGAGAACAUUAAUGGGUUGGUAAAUGGUAUGUAUUCAACACAAUAUGCAGAAAACUGCAACUGCACUGUGCUUUGUUGAGCCAUUGAGUGUUUGGUUUGUAAA